UCAUCUUUCGAUUUCAGAAUUCUCGUCGUGAGUAUUAUUAGAUUCAAUCGUGUAGGAAUUAAAUUUUAGAUUUCUUGACUUGGAAUUUGUCAUUUUCCCGGAAAAUUGACCCCUUUUGCAGAGUUUGUCUUCUGACAUGGCUUCUUACCAUUCAUAUAAACUGAUGUACUUGUUUGACCUUCAUUUAUAUAUGCCUGGCGGGCACACCCACCCACGUGAUCUCUCUGUGUCAUUCUGAAAAUUUUACUGUUUAAGACUUGUGAGACGUUACUACAAGAGCCGAGUAUGACCCUGAACAUGAUCUCUUAGAAAAGGACUUCAUUAUGAAAGGCAGAUGGUAUCAAAGAAAAGAUUUACAGAUUAAAAACAGUAGGGGAGAUGUUCUCCAGUGUAGUCAUUACAUGCCAGUUGAACGCCCUGAAGGAAAGCCUUUACCCUGUGUAAUAUAUUGCCAUGGAAACAGUGGAUGUAGAGCCGAUGGUAGUGAAGCCGCAAUUAUGUUGCUACCUUCAAACAUCACAGUUUUCACCCUUGAUUUUUCCGGAUCUGGUCUCUCAGGCGGGGAACAUGUCACCUUAGGCUGGAACGAAAAAGAUGAUCUGAAGGCUGUGGUUGAGUUUUUGCGGCAAGAUGGAAAUGUAUCCCUGAUAGGGUUAUGGGGGCGUUCGAUGGGCGCUGUUACGAGCUUGAUGUAUGGAGCUGAGGAUCCUUCCAUUGCAGGAAUGAUUUUAGAUAGUCCCUUCUCUGAUUUGGUUGAUCUGAUGAUGGAACUUGUAGAUACAUAUAAGUUCCGUCUACCAAAGUUUACCGUGAAAUUUGCAAUACAGUUCAUGCGGAGAGCUAUUCAGAAAAAAGCAAAGUUUGAUAUUACGGAUCUGAACACCAUUAAGGUGGCAAAGUCUAGUUUUGUUCCAGUUUUAUUUGGACAUGCCUUGGAUGAUGACUUUAUCCGCCCUCAUCAUUCAGAUCUUAUAUAUGAGGCCUACGUAGGUGACAAAAAUAUUAUCAAAUUUGAGGGAGAUCACAACUCUCCACGGCCUCAGUUCUACUUUGAUUCCAUUAAUAUCUUUUUCCAUAACGUCCUUCGACCUCCAGAGGUGGUGGGGCCGACAUUUUAUGACCCGUUAGAUGAGUACUUAGCAAAGGGCAGUUGGGGCACUAUGCAUGACACAAGUAUUCCACAAUCAUCAGUACAGAAGAGUUUAGCCUCGGGUAGCAUCUCUGACGCAAUCAGUGAAGUCCGUAUGAAAAGACCCAUGAGUCGCACAGAUGUUCCUUCGAAUGUCGCAUCUAACGGUUCUCCAUCAGAAACUAAGGAAAAAGAGAAUCAUGAUGGCCUUGAGAGUUCAUCAUCUCCUGAUAUGAUAAGCUUUGAUUUUUCAAAUGGUGACCAAUACCUGGAGUAUCACUUAGAGGACAUACCAUCUAACGCUGAGGAAGAAGAAAGGAUGCUUAUGAAAGCAGUGAUGGAGUCUCUGAAGGACUUGGAAGUGCAAAGUCUUGAGAAAAAAGAAUCUCCCGAGACUAGGGAAGAAUCAACUUCAACUCGAGCAAACCAGUCAGAGGCUACUGAGACUGCUUCCAGUCCAGAAACAGUUGUCGGGGAUGUAGUACCAUCAUCUUCCCAGUCUGAUGCUCCAAAUGGAACCUCGGGUUCUCUAGCAGCACCCGUAGAUGCUUCUGUGCCUGGCUGCACGAGUCAGAAGGCAAGCGAGACAGGUGACAUGUCAGCAGAUACAAAGGCCACAGUCACAGUUGAACGUACUAGUAGCGCACCGGGCAAAGUCUUUGACGGGUUAAUACGUAAGUGGGAUCUCAACUUCUUCAAAAACAACAGCAAAUGAUUCCAGUUAAUGAAAUUUGGUGAAGUCAAAUGAUAUAUGCAUAUAUGUCCAAAACUAGUUUGUUUGUUUUCAAUGAUUAGUCAUGUUAGGUUUCACAUUGUUUGGCUUUUGGUUAUGAUUUAAUUCAGUUUUUUUUUUUGUGUUCUUGGGUCUGUCUACAUCAUGUUCGUUCCAUGUAUUUGUUUAAGUGUUAUUUAUCCUCUUACUCUUGGUUACAAACAUUUGAUGAUUCAAUUAUUCCUUUGCAAA